CUCCUCGGUCAGCACUUUCACUUCCGUUAGCCCGACUUUUGAGGCUCGCAUGACACCUCUAAAAUUCCACAUUCCAUGUCGACCAGUAUCUCUCUAGCACGAGGAUUUCAGAGUCGAGCGUCUAGGGAUGCUUUUCGAGUAUUUCGAGGACUAAAGACCACUUCCCGUCCAAUCGAAAAACCCCAUCCGAAUCGUUUCAGACAAUAUGUACGAAGAACAGGAUAUCUGGUGGCUGGAGUGGCGACUCUAUACGCCGUUGACCGCGUAUUCAAUGCCUCUGCUAUCGCACGGAAUGCUAGGACGCUGUAUACCUGCGCUAUGAUUACUUUGGAUUACAAAAUUAACUUCACAGAAGCAAACAAUGACCACAUACCUGAACUCCACGAGAGAGUGGCUAAUAGAAUGUAUGAUUUAUUUACAUCCAAUGGCGGGGCGUAUAUCAAAGUCGGUCAGGCGCUAGCAGCUAAUGCGGCGUUCCUCCCAAAACCUGUACAAGAAAAAUUCUCCAAAUUGUUCGACGAUGCACCUCAGGUCCCGUAUUCUGAGAUCUUGGAAGUUUUUCAAGCAGAAUUUGGCCGGCCUCCUGCUGGCCCCAAUGGUAUAUUCGAGGUUUUUGAAGAAGAGGCCGUGGCGAGUGCGAGUAUAGCCCAAGUCCACAAAGCAAAACUUCGGCCGGUGGAGGGUGACACCGAAGAAAAAUGGGUGGCUGUCAAGGUGCAAAAGCCGGCCGUCGCGAAACAGAUGAAUUGGGACCUUGGGGCGUAUCGGCUAGUGAUGUGGAUGUUUGAGAAUUGGGCUUUCGACCUUCCGGUCUACUUUGUCGUUGAUUUUGUAUCCGACCAUAUAAGACGCGAGCUCGAUUUCCUUCUAGAAGCCGAAAAUGCGAAGCAAACUGCUCGAUUCGUUUCAUCUGAGCCUCGUCUGUCGCAAACUGUCUACAUCCCGAAGGUCUAUGAUCAAUUCACCACUAAACGUGUUCUGACUGCCGAAUGGAUUGACGGUGUUCGUCUCAGCGACCGUGCUGGAAUACGUCGUCUCAUUGGAGCUGAGAAGGACUUAAUCACCUUGAAAGCUGUCGUCCCAGCGUCUGUCGACUCUCCUCAUGAUUCUCUCCCCAUCUCCUUCAGCUACCCUGCAAAACCUCUCAAAGGUGGCGUCAAAUUCAUCAUGCAAACAAUGGUCGAGCUCUUCAGUGCACAAAUGUUUAGCUGGGGGUGGGUACACUGCGAUCCUCACCCAGGCAACGUCAUCAUCCGACCGAACCCUCAGCAUCCUACACGACCACAACUUGUAUUACUGGACCAUGGGCUCUAUGUGCGGGUAAACGACGAAUUCCGGAAAGAUUGGUCGGCGUUGUGGAAAGGCCUUCUCGUCGCCGAUUACAACAUCGUCGAACAGAUAACCAAGAAAUGGGGUGUCGGUUUACCGGACAUGUUUGCUAGCGUUACGCUUGCCAAGCCGGUGAAAUUAUCCAAGAAGGAUAGGGAUCUGGCGAAGGAACAGCAAAAGUUGAAGAAAGAAUUGACGGAGUACAUGAACAUGAGCCAGUAUGAGCAAAGUGUGGUUAUGAAGAAGAAGUUGAAGGUUUUCUUGACGGAUACAGAUCGGAUGCCUAAAGAGUUGAUUUUUCUGAUGCGUAAUAUGCGAAUCGUUCAAGGAAACAACCAAUCCUUUGGAUCGCCAGUUAACCGUAUCAAAAUCACCGGCUAUUGGGCCUCUCGUUCCCUAACGCGGGCCUCCAACUUGACCUUCUCCGAACGAAUCAGAGAAUACACCAAUCAUCUUGCAUUCCGUGGUGUAAUGAUCUCUCUGGAUAUCGCGUUUUGGACGACAAGAAUAAAGCAAUGGUUUUGGGCCAAGUUUGGAAGAAUGGCCCACAGCUUCGAGGAUGAGCUCGAGAAGACGAUGAGAGGAUUGAUGAAGGGGACCUUAGGGAUGGAUGUUGAAACAGGAGUUUUCAACGGAUAGAAGAGUUGUCAGUUAUAUGCAGAACUAUUAUAAUACACGGGACUGUAAUUCAGGAUGUAUUAAUCAUUACAUAGACUACAAUCGAUUCAUGGUUCCCGAUCAUUCUGCAUCAUAAGAGUUAUCGAAAUCCUCUAGUAAAAUUUGGUCAAUCCAUCAAUAUCUUGCCAAGACCAACC